AGGAAAAAAACACUUAGUCUUCUGCUCUGUCUUGCGUGUUUUCCGCCCCCCGGCGCUCUUGGCGCAAACCCUUGGGAGGCAGAGUCCAACCAUGGCGUGCGCGCUGCUGCCUGCAGGUUUGGCCGCGGCCCUACCGUCUCCUCGCCGGAGCGCCGCCGCCUCGAAGGGACAGUCGAACCAAGUCGCGUGCAGGGACCAGCUUCACUGGAAGCUGCCUUUAAUCCUACAUCUGAUUUCAUUUGAGCCCCACAGAUCCUGGAGCCUUGUUGGCCGCUGCACAUGUUCAGGUUCGUCGACAGGAGCAGCUAUGUCAAGGAGAUCUGAAGAUGCUAGACAGCUGAAUCAGGUCGCGUGCACGAACCAGCUUCACUGGAAGCUGCCUUUAAGUGAAUCCCACAGAUCCUGGAGCCUUGUUGGCUGCUGCACAUGUUCAGGUUCGUCGACAGGAGCAGCUAUUUCAAGGAGAUCUGCAGAUGCUGUAAGUUUUCAUACCGAUGUAUCUCCGAGAGACUCUGGAUGCUGUUCUAGGUGCGCAGAUAGUUAUCUCUGGAUACUGGAUUGGCCCCAACAUGGAAGAUGGUAGUGGUCACGUUCAGGCCAUUCUGCAAAGAAUUGGCUGAUGAUGUGUCAUUGUUGACAAGGUGAUUUCCCUGGUAUUCGAACAUAAUCUAGGCUCUACUACCCACAUAAUCCAGAUUGUAAUGUUUCUUUUGGGAUGGAUUAGUAUGCGACCUCCUGCGGAAUCUGACAUUUUGUUUGUUCUUGAUGCCCCUGAAGCAACAUGGGAAAAUUAGACUGAAUUUUGUUUGCGACUUCUUUUUUCCGGGAGUGAGGUAGCUCCUUAUGUUUUUGCUUUUGUAGCAACAGGAUGCAGAUGGACUGUAGCUAGCCUUUUUUUUUCGAUUCGGGGUCAGCUAGGUCCCUGCCCGAUAAGCCAGUAGAAAUAUAUAGCAGGAAACGUUCAAUGUGUACUGGUUCCUAGCGCGAACUUUAUCGAUCGAGCGGUCGAUCGUUCCUGGGAAUGAUUCGUUCGAUCUGGGAUCUACCCACAUCUAAGGUCAGUUCAAUAUUGCGGUCCAAAUUAUAUGACUAGAAAAUAUAUUAUUUGAAGUUUUUAACAAUAUAAUUUUUGCGAUAUACUCCCUCCGUUCCAAAAUAUAGUGCUUCCUCUAUUCUCGUGCUUCAACUUUGACCAUAAAUUUAACCAACGAGACCGACUGC